CUGUUCAGUAUUUCAAGGCGACUCAUCUCAAUGACAAUGGAUGACCCCAUCGCGCAUGCUUCGAAGCUGUUGGUCUAUUUCCAGCGCAUGCGCAAGUCGGGACAGUUGAUUGACAUGUUGUUGGAGGUUGAGGAGCAGGUGUUCCCCUGCCACCGUGCGGUCCUAGCCGCCUGCAGCUCCUACUUCCACGCCAUGUUCACCUGCGGGCUCAGCGAGACCAGGCAGAGGACUGUUCGUCUGUUAGAGGUUAGUGCAGAGUCUGUCGCUCACCUGAUCGAAUUUGCAUACACCGGGAAGGUUGAGGUGAACCGUCAGAACGUGUACGAACUGUACGCUGCCGCCUGUUUCUUCCAGGUGACGCAGAUCAAGAAAGAGUGCGCCAGGUUUCUCCGACGUCAUCUUGACGUCACCAACUGUGUGCAGACCUACGUCAUGAGUGACCUGUACGGUCUACAGUGUGUCAGGAAGGCGAGCAAGAGACUUAUCACUGAGCAUUUUCUACAGGUUUCGCAGUCUCCAGUGUUUCUGGAUAUGCCAGCCUCCCAGCUACAAGACGCCAUUGCCAGUGAUGACGUCAUGGUUACUUCAGAGCAGGACAUCGUUGACGUCAUCAUGACGUGGGUAGAAGCGGAUCCAGAAGAGAGAGGAAAGCACCUGCCUGGGCUUCUAAUGCGCGUGCGCGUGCCCUACCAUAUCUUUCACGAUGACAAGCUUAGUAGUAGAGAAGGAGAUUUAGAGACUGAAUCGUCGGACGCGAAUCAACAGAUAAUGUCCAAAGGAAACACAACUUUUACCGAGAGCCUUGUACAACUGGUUCCGCGUUUGGGAUUCUAUAUGAAAAACUGCAUCAUCUUUCAUACCAUGUCGGGCUCGUUCUUAUGCAUUUGCCCAACGGAGCGAAAGAUCUACCGUAUAGAAGCGCCACCAUGCAACAUGGACCAGACUGCAUCUUGCUUGGUCAACUUUUCUCUUUUGAGAACUGAGGAAAAUGAGAUCUUUGCAGCUGGCGGAAGAACAGGUACUGAGGAUGACGAACCUCCAAGAUUAGCAAAAUCUUUUCUUAGAUAUGACAUACACAAAAACACAUGGGAGAGAUUACAAGAUAUGACAACACCUCGUGAAAACAGUCAGCUCGUCUUUUUGGACGACAAACUGUACGCCAUUGGAGGUUUCCUGCCCAAUGGUUCGUCUUCGUGCGAGAGAUACGAUCACGUGAACAACACGUGGACACCCAUUGCCUCACUGCCGUGUUCUGACGUGAUGAACUUGAAAGCCCUCGCGGUGGAUGAUGGGAUAGUCGUAAUUUCUAGAGAAGGAAUGUACAGGUACUGCCUUCGCAAUGGCCGAUGGGAUACCAUACUCUCCACAUCCAGGAAGAUCUUCGUGAAAGCUAUCACUUUCAAUGAACAAAUAUUCGGCGUGUAUUUCUCCCUCCCCACCGCAAGCCCUCCACCCCUGCACCUAGGAGUGUACCGUUCCGAGAAGAAGUGUUGGAAAACUGUAGGGACUGUACCAUUACGGCAAAACGAGGGGGAGCGGCCUCUAUUUGUGGAUUUUUUUAACUACCGAGAAGAGCUAUAUCUGCUAUACGGGCGGAGACAAGGAGAUAACUGUGUGUUUUCAAGUGACAGGUACAGACCGUCAGACGACACCUGGGUACGAGGUGAACUUGCCAUCCCACCACUGUACACUGGGGACGAGAUUUUUGACUUGUCUGUUUUUUCGGCAAAGUUGGUGACAUCAUCAUUAAAGACCGUGUCAGAAUUCGCAUUUACGUAAAUAAGAUUUUUCUGCUCAAAAAUAUAUAUUGAAAUGAAUAGAACCAAACAGAUUUAUACAAAUCUACUCUACUCUAUUUCGAUCGUUAAAUUUCCGACUUUAAUAGAAACCUUGAAAUACAUCAUCACACCAAUACCGUCCAAUACAAGUAGAAACUAAUCAAAUUUAAAACAAGUGAUUUAAUCAAAUUCUUAUGCAUUAGUAGCUAAUACUCAAUCUUAAAUUUGUACAAGUGUGCCUUUGCUUGUUAUGGUGUGAAUACAUCACUUGUCAGUAUACCAUUUUGAUACAAAAGACUCAUUGACAAUAGACACAAACUUUAAAAGAAGAAGAA